CACAGCCAAGUCCAGGUUCAGCAUCAGCAUUCUUGAUAUAAAUUUUGUCCAGGUUAAGCAUGUGGGUAUAGAGCACAGUGCACCAUUGUUAUGGGAAAGUCCCCCUAUAACAACUGGUAGUAGAAAUUGGCUGACCUAAAUUUAGGUGUGCCUAAGGCAGCAAGAGAGCCUGUAAACAAACGUAGGCAAAUGACUCAUGUUUCGACUUUCCCACCAUAGCCAUAACACUCUGAAGUUAUGGCUCUUUAUCCUACAUGUUAUUGGAUACUGUGUAUGUUAUCUCCGACCUGAUUCUCUUCUGGCAGUCCUUAUGGAUGAUCUCGUAUAUACAAAUAAUAUGCUUGCCAUGGUGAAUGCCGCGAUUGGCGCCAUGAAUUUUCGAGGGUUCAUAUCUCGGAUUUGGGUGUUUUGGGUGACAAUGGAAAAUGAUCCUGGGCCGUUUUCGCUGGUUCAAAUUGAUGAAUUGAGCGCACGUUUGUCUGCGCCUAUGGCCACUUGAACGAGAUCCGCACCGAAAAUUAUGAUACUUGGGUUUGCGAAUGAGGAAACCAAUUUUGGAUUUAGUUAUGAGAUUGGGCUGUGCAUGUUGUCUUGUUCAAG